AGGUUUCGUAGAUCGUGUUCGAUAUUAUACAUUUAGUAUAACGCGUGCAAAGUUAAAUUUAUCAAGAACGAAAAGUUCGCGUUUGAAAUAUCGAAAAUUUGAAGUCAGACCAAUAUUCGCGUUGUUUAUUUUAAAUAUAAUAGUUAUGACUGAAAUGGUAGAAGAAUUGCUUAAACCUCAAGAAGAGGAGUGGUUGUGUAAUUCGAACGAAGCACUUACUAUAUGGUUUUUUGAGCCUUCAACAGACCCUGAUCAGGAAUUCGAUUCUGCUCAAGUAUAUCCCAUGUUCACGUAUUCAAUAUUUGGCGAUAAAGAACAAAUUUAUGGAUAUAAGAAUUUAGAAAUUACGCUCAAAUUUUCGUCUGGAAGUUUUGCUACCUACUUCGAUGUUCGGUAUUCUGAUAAAAUUCCUGAUGUUUCUUCAACUUCUAUAGCAGAUAAUGUUAUAGAUAAAGUUAAGACAUUGAUACCGAAUGAUUAUAUUACAAAUUUUGAUACUUUCCUACAAACUGUUAACGAGAAUGCGUAUAGUUUUAAACCAAUGGGUGAAAAAAUAACAGAAUAUCGUCUUGAAGAAGGAAAAGAUAUAAUUUAUGAAAUUUACAGAGCGACAUUCAAUACACCUAGAUUUAAGGAAUAUCAUAAACGAUUUCAGAUAUUAGUAUUAUUUUAUAUUGAAGCUGGAACGUACAUAGAAGAAGAUGAGAAAUGGGAAACUAUGCUUUUGUUUGAAAGGAAGCGUAUAGGAGAUAAAUAUAUAUAUAGUCUUGUAGGGUUUUGCACGAUGUACAAUUAUUACUUUUAUAAUCGUGAAGAGUGUGUUAAUAAUAACAUCGACCGAACUAAUAAUAAAGUACCAGUCUCAGAACGCGUCAAUGAAGGUAAAGUUAUACCAGAAGAUAUACGAUUGAGGAUAAGUCAAUUUUUAAUUUUCCCUCAUGUUCAAGGAAAAGGCCAUGGAAGUAAACUCUAUCAAACUAUAUACAAAUAUGUUUUAUCAAAUUCAAGAAUAAAAGAACUUGCUGUUGAAAUUCCAAAUGAUUCUUUUGAAGUUAUCCGUGAUAAAAAUGAUUUAUUAUAUUUGCGGGAACAAAAAGCAUUUGAAGGAUUAGCAGCUCCUGUUGACAAGAAGACUAUUGAUUCACUACGGCGAAAAUACAAAUUAAAUAAACGACAAUUGCUUCGAUGUUUGGAAAUUGAAUUAUUGAGAAAAUUAAACAAGUCGGAUGCUGCUGCUUAUAAAGCAUAUCGAUUACAAGUGAAGGAACGAUUAUAUAACUGGAAUAAGGAAAUAUUAAAAGAUAUUGAUAGAGAUGAGCGCAUAGAAAAAUUGGAGGAAACAUUUAAGAGUCUUGUAGAAGAGUAUCAAGAUAUUUUGUUGAAAUAUAAUUGAAUUAUUUUAUAAUUUACUUUUUAUGGUAUGAUUAUCAAAGUUAAUUUGUUAUGCUUCGAAAUUUAUAUUUCAAUUUGAAGUAAAGAAUAUAUUCAAACAUUUUUUUUUGAUUUUACAUUAUUAAAAAAUUGCAUUAGUUUGAAUUUCUUUCUAAUAAAAUAUUAAAAAUUCAUCAGUAAUUAUCAGGAUUUAAGAAUAUAUUUUUUAUUCAAGUUAAUUUUCCAUUUGUAAAAUCAUCAGAAG